AUGUCAAAAAUUGAUAAUGACGUACUUUUAAUAAUUUUUGAUGAAUUAAAAAAUGAUAAUGGAACACUUUUCACCUGUGCUUUAGUUAAUAGACAAUGGUGUAAAAUGGCGAUUCCAAUUUUAUGGAAGGAUCCAAUUAAAAAUCAACAAUUUAAUGAACAAUUACUUGAUAUUAUUAAAUAUUCAUUACCUUAUGAAUCCAAAAAAUUAUUAUUAAGUCAUGGAAUUGAUAUCACAUCAAAUUUACAAUUAAGAAAAAAACCAUUAUUUGAUUAUAUCAAAUAUUGUAAAUAUUUGAGAUUUAAUAAAAUUAAUGAAUAUGCUAAUUUAAUGACAAAAUCUAUUAAAGAAACUGAUUACUUUUUAAUAAAAAGAGAAAUCUUUAAAUUUUAUAUAAGCAAAUGUUCAUCAAUCAAAUUUUUGGAUUUAAACUUUACGGAAAGAUAUUAUCAAUUAUCACAUGAUGAUCUUAUGAAAUAUCAAUUAUUGAAAUUUCCUGGUUCAAUUAAUUGUUUCUCUGAACUUAUGGAAUUACAUUGUGAUUCAAAUAUUGAUUCAUCAAUUUUUUAUGGAUUUGCAGAAAUUUGUAAAUUUAUUCAAAAGAUUUAUAUAUAUCAAUUAUAUGAUAAUCCUGGAUUAAUUGAAUUAAUCAAGGUUCAAAAAAAUUUGAAAAAAUUCAAAUAUACUGCAAGUAAAUUUAUUAAAUAUAAGAUAAAUGAAUUUACUGGUAUUGGUAAAGCUUUAGAAAAUAAUUCUGAAACUCUCCUUCAUUUUAAAGCUUUAGAUGAUUUAUAUGGUAAUUGUUUUAUUCCAGGGGUUUUUUCAAAAUUUAAAAAUUUAGAAAAAUUAAUCUUAUUUAGAUUAUGUUAUUGUUUUCAACAAUAUGAAUUUGAAGAACAAUUAUCUUUUACUUCAUUUCCUAAACUUAAAGUUAUUCAUAUUCAAGAUGCAUCAAUUUAUACUGUUAAAAAAAUUAUUGAAAAAACUGAUGGAAAUCUUAUUAAGAUUGCAAUUUAUGAUAUUGAAUAUAAGAAAGAUUAUGAUAAUAAACCUUUUCAAGAUCUUAUUCAAUCAAUUUAUAAAAAUUGUCCAAAUUUAAAAUUUCUUAGAUUAGAAAUUAAAGAUGAAAUUUUGGAAGAUUUUGAAAAAUUAUUAAUUACUUGUAAUCAAUUAGAAGGUUUAGUUAUAGAAUCUUGUCGUUGGAAAAUGUAUAAUAAUUAUAAUAUUAAGAAUUUAUUAUUAUUAUUGGCUAAAUCUUCUCCAAUUAAUUUAUUUAAAUUUAAAUUUUAUUAUUAUUGGGAUUUUGAUCAAAUUUCUUUAAAUUUAUUUUUUGAAAAUUGGAGAGGAAGAACACCAUUAAAAUUUUAUAUGGUUGAUACGGAUAAAUUUUUAUCGAUAUUCGAAAAUUAUAAAAAUGAAGGUAUUAUUGAAAGAUAUGAAGAUAUUGAAGAUAUUUAUUUUAAAUGUUUCGAAUGGUAA